CGGUGGGGAGAGCCAUUGUGACGGGCGGCUGGAGGUGGCCGUGCGCCCCGGAGUCUGGGCCCGUGUGCCUGUGGGGCUGUGGGACAACGGCACUGCCACCGUGGUGUGCCGGCAGCUGGGCUGCGGUGUGCCUGAGAAAAUCCAUGCUGUGCCAGCCAAUGGCUCGGGCCCCAUAGAGCUGCAGGAGCUGCGCUGUGUUGGCACCGAGGAGCUCCUGGCACAGUGCAAUGCAACACGGAUGGCCGCAGAGCCCAGCAAGAACCCCGAGGAGUUGGCCAUCGCAUGCUCAGGAAGCAAGCAGCUGAGGCUGGUGGGCGGCCGCGGGCGCUGUGCUGGCAGGGUGGAGGUGUACAGCGAGGGCACCUGGGGCACCAUCUGCCAGGACACCUGGACCCUGCAGGAUGCCACCGUCGUCUGCCGCCAGCUGGGCUGCGGAAGGGCCCUGGAGGCUCCCGGCUCCGAGCGCUUUGGGCCUGGCACUGGGAUGCUGUGGCUGGGUGCUGGGGGCUGCACUGGGACAGAGGAUGCUCUCUGGCACUGCCCGGCCCCAGUGCAGCGCGGCUGCCGGCGUGGCGGCGGUGCGGGCGCUGUGUGCUCAGGGCUGCUGGACCUGCGGCUGAUGGGGGGAAGCAGCAGAUGCAGUGGGCACCUGGAGGUGCUGCAUGAGGGGACGUGGGGUCGUGUUUGCGCCAAUGGCACCAGCCCUGCCACGGCCACUGCCGUCUGCCGCCAGCUGGGAUGUGGCACAGCGGGGAGUCUGACAGACAACCCUGCAGAGGGCUCCGAGCCCGCCUGGCUGAGCUGGGUGAGGUGUGAGGAGGGGGCCCGCUCGCUAUGGCGCUGCCCCUCGGCACCCUGGCAGCUGCAGGAAUGCGGCCCCACCGGGAUCACACACAUCACGUGUGACGAGGACAGCAGGGACAGCAGUGAGGCCACCAGCCCAGCCCCAGCUCUCACCCACAGCACUGUCCCGCUGACUGCAGCACCGAGGAGUGUGUCAGCACCCACGGUGCUGUGUGUGCUCCUGGGGACGCUGCUCUGCGUGGCCCUGGCCGCCCUGGCCGUGCAGGCACACCGCACACGGGCACACUGCCAAGGCCCCAGCAAGAAUGUUGCCUCCGAGGCUGUGUAUGAGGAGCUGGACUACAGCCUGAUGCCAGAGUACCAGGAGGUGCCCAGCCACACAGGUUCCCUAUCCCAGGGCUCAGGCAAAAAACCGUUCGAUAACAGUGGGGACGGUGCAGAGGAGAGUGACCUCCAGGUGUCCCCAGACCCCCCUGCCCAGCCCCAGCACAGCUCCUCGCAUGGCUACGACGACGUUAUGGCUGUGCCGGAGGUGUCCCCCUCUCCCCAGACCGCGGAUGCCCCGGCACAGCCCCCCGAGGACAUGGGCUAUGACGACGUUGGUGUCUGCACCCUGGGGACGUCGCUGUGAGCAGGCCCCGGGGACAUGGCUGGGACAGGGACCUCUGUCCCCAAGACGCCGUGGCAGCAUCACCGCUCCCUCUUCAGUGCUGCAUGUAACAGCAGCAAACUGCUCGGUUCUCCUUCCUGCAGCCGGGACACAACAGCUCAACAGCUUUUUUUUAAUUAUCUUCCUGUAGCUCCCUCCUUAUGAGUAUCUCUUUUAAUAAACAUUAAAAGCUCAGAACUCUGCAGAAA